GGCAAGUUGUAUAUAUUUUAUUAUAUUAUGAAAGUGAAGUAGAAUUAGAGGUAAAGAUCUGUGAUUUUUACUUGUACAUUUUAAUUGCAGGUGGGGUUUAGAUAUAUCAGUGUGGUGGAAGACUACUUUACAGGCUUCAAUUUACACUGCAACGACUGGAUCUCUGUGUAUCUUAAUCCUUCCAGGCCAUGUUUCUUGGGCGAAACCCCUAUAAGUCUCAAUGAACUUUUGGUUCAGCAAACGCGAUGGAGCGUCGGCUUCUACCAAGUUGCUCUGUCGAGGUUUUCUCCCCUUAUAUACGGGCCGCUAAGAAUGUCAAUUUCUCAAAGCAUGUGCUAUGCAGAUUUAGCAUAUAGCCAAAUUUAUUUCCUGUCCCUUUAUAUUUUAGCUCUCAUUCCUCAACUCUGCCUAAUCAGCGGCGUUCGUCUGUACCCUGAGGUUUCAAGUCCCUUUUUCGUUGGGUUUUCAUUUGUUUUCCUCUCCGCCCAGCUCAAACACGUGCAAGAGGUCUUCUCGACUAGGCACCCAAUGAGAACGUGGUCGAACGAGCAGAGAAUGUGGAUGAUGAAGUCAUUGACAUCCUACUUAUAUGCUGCACUAGAAGCUGUAACGGAGAAACUUGGGCUGACUAAAGCUAGGUUUUUGCCAACGAAUAAGGUGGUUGAUGACGAACAAGAGAAGCGUUACCAAAUGGGAGUGUAUGAUUUUCAAGCACCAGCUCUCUUCAUGCUUCCGUUGUGCAGUCUUUAUAUAUUGAAUGUUGCUUCAAUUAUGAUUGGAUUUGGAAGGAUUAUGCAGACUCAGAAGUGGAACCAAAUGCUUAUACAAGCUUUUAUCCCGUUAUUCGCCACGGUUUUGCAUUUUCCUUUACUUGAAGGAAUGGUGGUGAGGAAGGAUAAGGGCCGAGUUUCACCUUCUAUUUCUCUUCUCUCUGCUGUAAUUUCCAUAAUUUUCGUGUCCUUUGCAUCGCUUUUCAAUUACUAUUAAAUGGAAUGAUAGGUAUUGGUUAUGUAUGUGUGAGUCGUCGGUGGCUUCUUUUAUAGUUGGCUAGCAGACAAUUGCUGCUGGGUCUGUAUUGCGUCUUUGGUUUGUUUUAGAUAUUAAUGAUGU